AUGUUUGGUCCAGCAUCAACUGCAAUGUACGACAGUGGACCAGAUCAUGUCUACAUUGUCAACGCUGCAAAGUUCAACGUCACACCUGUGCACCCCCGUCAAACUUCGAGAUUCCAACCGCCAGAUUUUCCCAUGUUCCUAUCGAUCUUGUUGGUCCUUUACCCCCUUCAAAUGGCAAUUCCUACCUCUUGGCCUGCAUUGAUCGUUUCACUCGCUGGCCUGAGGCAAUUCCCAUUUCCACCAUCACAGCAGAAUCCAUGGCCCAAGCCUUCAUCACCCAUUGGAUCACCCGAUUUGGCGUUCCACACACGAUUACUACAGAUUGUGGAAAACAGUUCGAAAGUCAUAACUGCUGCCCUAACCAACUUCCUUAGCACUACCUGUGUUCGAAUUACCGCCUACCAGCCCAUUGCUAAUGGUCUCAUGGAAUGUUUUCAUCUCCAAUUGAAAGCUUCUCUUAAAGCUACCAAUGACCCCUCGUACUGGAGUGAACGCCUACCCCUCGUUCUCUUGGGUAUCCGGACCGCAGUGAAAGCUGAGUUUGGUCACAGCGUUUCAGAACGAGUUUAUGGAACGACCCUCUGUCUACCAGGAGAAUUCUUUUCUCACUCCACUGAUCACCCCGUUCUAGAUCCAGCAUUCUACGUCCACCCAUUGAUACGGUAUCCAUUGAUUGUUUGA